AUGUAUUUUUUAAAAAGAAAUACAAAUAAUUUAUAUUUUACACUUUUUUAUAUAUUUUUUAUAAUUUCACAUCAUUCUUCAUUUGGAGAAUAUUUUAACAACAUCAAUAAUAAUAUAAAUAAUGUAGAUUAUAGUGUAGAUAGUAGUAGUAAUAAUGUAAAUAGUAAUAGCAAUAACAACAAUAAUAUAUAUACAAUUUUUGUAGAUUCAAAAUCAAAUAGUACGAAUCUUCAUUGUGGAAGGUCGAAUGAACAAGCUUGUUCGAAUUUAUAUUUUGCAUUCGAGAGAUUCUAUGCGGAUCAUCCAAAUCCAGAGAAUCUAUUUUUAGAUAUCCGAUUGGAAGCCGGAAAGUAUACUGCUAUCGGCAAUCUGUGGCUGCAGCUCUACGGGUUGAAUGUAUCGAUUGGAGGUGCUUCCGACCAAGCAACGUCCGACAAUGUUAUCUUUGACCUUGCGAACCAAGGUCAUUUUCUGAGUGUUCGUGAGUCUGCCGAGCACAAACUGCAGUCGACAUACGUUCGUCUCUACAAUCUGACGAUCGUCAAUGCCAAGCAAGCACGUGGCAGCGUGCUCUACAUCGACACCAAGUCGAAAUCCACCACCACCGAAAUCUACAUCGAUAACUGUUCGUUCAAUUCGAAUCAGGCAAUGUCAGAGGGUGGUGUUAUCUACGCCAUCAAUACAUCGGUGCUAUCCAUCACAUCCAGUAGCUUCAACGGUAACUUGGCAAAGAAAACGGGAUCAGCGUUGUACGUUGAGAAUAUCGAUACUUUUGUUGUUGAACGUACUGAAUUCAACCAGAAUAGCAUGCCCGCCAUCUACUGUAAAAACUCCAUCAUCGACAUGAAAGAUUUAGUUGUUCCCGAUAAAGAGAAUUGGAUUCAAUUUGCAGAAUAA